AAGACGGACUCACCAAAAUAUUUAGAAUUUUACCAUGCAUCAUUUUAAUAUGACAUUUCAACUUGCUUUAAUUGUAAUAAUCUGUGGAUUGGCCAUUGGAACAAAUGGUGCUGGAAAACCAGUCCCUUGUUGCCAGCAGACUACCAGACAACGCAUAAAAGGUCCCAUCACUGGGUAUACAUUCCAGGAAGAGGCAUUGCCAUGCGUCAAAGCUGUAAUAUUCUACAGUAAUGGAAAAAUCAUUUGUAGCAAUCCCAAAAUGCCCUGGGUGAAAACAAAGAUUGAACAGUUUGAAAGCGGUCAAUAAACACACGUGCCUAGGCUUCAAGACAAGCUUCCAGCCUUUAUCAUUAAUAUAUCAGAGAUCAAAAACUACCCAAACCACAUCAUUCAACUCAAUGCCUGUAGCCAUUAUAUAUCGAGGAGGCAAGAUUGGUUCAAUUAUUUUAUUAUUUUAAACAUAGUUGUAUAGUAACUAAAGAAUCUUUCUGGCUGUAAAGGACCAGAGUACAAUACCAGGGUGUUAGCCACUUCUUUUAGGGAUUCAGAAUGACUAGGUGUGAGAAGUCCCCUCAAAGAUUGUGAUGAGCAAGACACCUCAUGAUUGCAGUGGCAACUCCUACGUUAUUCAUUAUUACAAAUGCAGAAUAACUGGAUAUCUGUACUUUCCACAAUGAAAUGAGGUUCAGUGAGAUAUCUGCCAUUUUGGGGGAACAGCUGCAUUUGUGAGUUGGUUUUCUGUUGCUUAUAUAUUUAAAAAGGAGACAAUUAUCUAGAUAUUUUUUAUUAUUAUUAAUAUUAGGAUUAUGGUUUAAGGAUUUAAGAAGGGGGUCAAUUAUAAUUAUUGGGGGACAAACAAGACAGUACAGAUAUUUGGACUGUUUUUGAUUAUUAAAAUAGGCCCCAUUUUGUAUGAUGAAGUACCUUAGUGCAAAUGCAAUAGCAGUUUUAAUUUUCUUGUGAUUUGUAAUUUGUCUCUUCAUACUAAGUGCUUUAAAACAUCAUAUUUAUUUUGAUUGAACAAAGGCUGGCACCUGCGGCAUAGACUAAAGUUGUGUUGUUGGAAUGGAUUGGGUGGACAGUGGACAUGUUAUGUGAUACACAUAGCUUUUUAUAUGUAAUUGUUCUAAUUAAGUUAUUCAAUUUGGAGUGUAUUUUAAUAUGCAGAAAGAAGAUAUGAUAAUGUUUCUUUUGGAUGACAAUUGUGUUGUGUUAUUUUAUUAUUAUGUUUUCGACAUGUGUCCUCAUUUUUGCUUUCACUCAUUUGUUAAUUCUAAAUUAUGAAAUAAGUAUUUAUAUUUAUACAUUGUUUGUUCUAGACAGAAAUCUAUUGUAUAUUAAAUUAACUGUAUUUAGGUAAUCUCAACUACCGGUAUGUCUUGCUGUGAAACUACAUGGUUCAGUUGCUUGCUGUUGACAUGUUUUCCAAUAAAGGCUC